AGUGGCGGUAGCCUUAAACCCAUCGCACUUAAAGAGUGACAGUGUUAGUUUCACGCAACAUGACAUAACCGGCCUUGCUGCUCUGCUUUAUAAGCGCGAUCACCUGCGACUCGUUGCGCGGCCUGAAUUCUCAAGACGCAACAAUCGCAGGAACCGAUACAGUCGAAAUUCCUCAGAUCGAAUGGAGAAUACAGGGACCCCACAGGAUGCCAUUGUGCCACCAGUUGAAGGUGUUUCUGGAGGAGGGACGGCUUAUGGGUGGAAUGAUGGUGGUUUACACAGUUCAAAACCAUUGAAGGGAUCAAUUGAUCCCACAGAAGUUCCUUCUGCAGAUUUACUGCAUGCAUGGUUCAUGCCAAGCACGGCAACAGUUGGGCCACAGGAGAUGCCUCGGCCUUUGGUGCCUAUAACACUUCUGGCAGCUAGAAAUGAGAGGGAAAGUGUUCAAAUAGCCAUGCGUCCUAAAGUUUCUUGGGGCGGUCCUGGUAUUGCAGGAGUUGUACAGGUUCAUUGUAGUGAUUUAUGCUCCACUUCUGGUGAUAGGUUGGUCGUUGGACACUCUCUGACUUUGCGACGUGUGGUGCCCAUCUUAGGUGUUCCAGAUGCUCUUGUGCCUCUUGAUCUUCCAACCACUCAAAUAAGCCUGCUUACAGGAGAGACAACAGCAAUUUGGGUUUCCAUAGAUGUUCCUACUGCACAGCCUCCUGGCCAAUAUGAAGGAGAGCUCAUCAUUGCUGCAAUGAAGGCAGAUGCAGAAUCACCGGCACAAAACCUUGGGAAAGCUGAGAAGCAUCAACUGUACAGGGAACUUAAGAACUGUCUUGACACCAUGGAGCCCAUUGACGGAAAACCAUCGGAUGAAGUGGUGGAAAGAGUGAAAUCUGCAUCUGCAUCUUUAAGAAGAGUUCUUCUAUCACCUUCAUUUUCUGAGUUCUCUGCAGAUAAUGGGCCUGUUGAUUUGAUGGAUGAAGAUGCUAUUUCAAAUCUCUCAAUACGUCUGAAGUUAAGUUUGACAGUUUGGGACUUUGCUCUCCCUGCAACACCGUCACUUCCAGCUGUAUUUGGUAUAUCUGAUACUGUAAUUGAGGAUCGUUUCCAUGUUGAGCAUGGGAGUGAUGAGUGGUAUGAGGCAUUAGAGUUGCAUUUCAAGUGGCUCCUUCAAUAUAGAAUCAGCCCAUAUUUUUGCAGAUGGGGAGAUAGCAUGCGUGUUCUGACUUACACUUCCCCGUGGCCAGUUGAUCAUCCAAAAUCAGAUGAAUAUUUUUCAGAUCCACGCCUAGCAGCCUAUGCUGUACCACAUAAUCGAGUAAUCUCUGGUGGCGGUGAUGCAGCAAAGGACUUCGUGCAGAAAGAAGUUGAGAUCUUGAGGACAAAGACUCACUGGAAGAAAGCCUAUUUCUACUUGUGGGAUGAGCCACUAAACCUGGAACAAUAUGAAUCUCUUCGGAACAUAGCAGCUGAGAUUCAUGCUUAUGCUCCGGAUGCCCGUGUUCUAACUACAUAUUAUUGUGGGCCAAGUGAUGCACCUCUUGCGCCCAGUACAUUUGAGUCUUUUGUGAAAGUUCCAAAUUUUCUACGUCCGCACACCCAAAUUUAUUGUACAAGUGAGUGGGUGCUUGGUAACCGUGAGGAUUUGGUUAAGGAUAUCACUGCAGAAAUACAAACAGAGAAUGGUGAGGAAUGGUGGACAUAUGUGUGUAUGGGACCAUCUGAUCCUCAUCCCAAUUGGCAUCUUGGUAUGCGAGGCACACAACACCGUGCUGUGAUGUGGCGUGUAUGGAAAGAAGGUGGCACGGGCUUCUUAUAUUGGGGCGCCAACUGUUAUGAGAAGGCAACGGUUGCCAGUGCUGAGAUUAGAUUUAGACGUGGCCUGCCUCCCGGUGACGGUGUUUUGUUCUACCCUGGUGAGGUGUUCUCAUGCUCGCAUAAACUGGUUGCUUCAGUUAGAUUAGAGCGUAUUCUGAGUGGCUUGCAGGACAUCGAGUACCUAAAGCUCUACACUUCAAGAUUCGGAAGAGAGGAGGGGCUGGCUCUUCUGGAGAAAACUGGUGUGUACUUAGGUCCUGAACGCUAUACACUGGAGCACAUGCCAAUUGAUGUGAUGCGGGGUGAGAUCUUCAGCACAUGCCAAUCAAUGUAAUGUCGGGGUGAGAUCUUCAGUACACAUCAGUCCCAAUACAUUAUUUUUCCCCCAUUUCGUGUUUAUUUUUCUUUUUCACUGUGUUUGUAUUUGUAUUUUCAUGUCCAUAGCAACUUUUCUAUGCUUAGAGAGGGGAAAUGGUUGACAAAGUUGGAAUAUGUACCAACACCUCUUGCGAAAAUUACAGACAUACAGUAAUUUAAUUUUAUUGAGGUCCUUAAAUUCUGUGUAAGAAAUGAUAGCAGAGCCCAAGAUCAUUACAUUUGUAAACACUCGGUUUCACCGAAAUAAAAGAGUGUCAUAUUCUGGCCAGCAUGCUGGAAUUGGUUCUACUCA